GCAAGGCUGGUUCGACCUACAGUCAACAGGAAGCUCCUGAGGCAGGGACAGGAUCCUUGCCUCGGAAGGAGCCCAGAGGCGAAGGUUUCUGGACCUCGACCAAGGUGGUGAUAAGGGCGUAACGGACCCCGGGCUCACGCAGUGGGAUUUGAUAAUGGGCUGCAUUAAAAGUAAAGAAAACAAAAGUCCAGCCAUUAAAUAUAGACCUGAAAACCCUCCAGAGCCAACUACGACAAGUGUUAGCCAUUAUGGAUCAGAACACACUGCAGUGGCACAGCCGUCUUCAACAAAGGGAACAUCUAAUUUUAGCAGUCUUUCCAUAACACCAUUUGGAGGAUCUUCAGGGGUGACACCUUUUGGAGGAGCAUCUUCCUCAUUCUCCGUAGUGCCAAGCUCAUAUCCUACUGGUUUAACAGGUGGUGUUACUAUAUUUGUGGCCUUAUAUGAUUAUGAAGCUAGAACUACAGAAGACCUUUCAUUUAAAAAGGGUGAAAGAUUUCAAAUAAUUAACAAUACGGAAGGAGACUGGUGGGAAGCAAGAUCAAUCGCUACAGGAAAGAAUGGUUACAUCCCUAGCAAUUAUGUAGCGCCUGCAGAUUCCAUUCAGGCAGAAGAAUGGUAUUUUGGAAAAAUGGGAAGAAAAGAUGCUGAACGAUUACUUCUUAAUCCUGGGAAUCAACGAGGUAUUUUCUUAGUAAGAGAGAGUGAAACUACUAAAGGUGCUUACUCCCUCUCUAUUCGUGAUUGGGAUGAGGUAAGGGGUGACAAUGUGAAACACUACAAAAUAAGGAAACUUGACAAUGGCGGCUACUAUAUCACAACCAGAGCGCAAUUUGAAACUCUGCAGAAAUUGGUGAAACAUUACACAGAACAUGCUGAUGGUUUAUGCCACAAGUUAACAACUGUAUGUCCAACUGUGAAACCCCAGACUCAAGGUCUAGCAAAAGAUGCUUGGGAAAUCCCUCGAGAAUCUUUGCGACUGGAAGUUAAAUUAGGACAAGGAUGUUUUGGUGAAGUGUGGAUGGGAACGUGGAAUGGAACCACAAAAGUAGCGAUCAAAACACUAAAACCAGGUACAAUGAUGCCAGAAGCUUUUCUUCAAGAAGCUCAGAUAAUGAAAAAAUUAAGACACGAUAAGCUUGUUCCACUAUAUGCUGUUGUUUCUGAAGAGCCAAUUUACAUUGUCACUGAAUUUAUGUCAAAAGGAAGUUUAUUAGAUUUCCUUAAAGAAGGAGAUGGAAAAUAUUUGAAACUUCCACAACUUGUUGAUAUGGCUGCUCAGAUUGCUGAUGGUAUGGCAUAUAUUGAAAGAAUGAACUAUAUUCACAGAGAUCUUCGGGCUGCUAAUAUUCUUGUAGGAGAAAAUCUUGUGUGCAAAAUAGCAGAUUUUGGAUUAGCAAGGUUAAUUGAAGACAAUGAAUACACAGCAAGACAAGGUGCAAAAUUUCCGAUCAAAUGGACAGCUCCUGAGGCUGCACUUUAUGGUCGAUUUACAAUAAAGUCCGAUGUGUGGUCAUUUGGAAUUCUGCAAACAGAACUGGUAACAAAGGGCCGAGUGCCAUAUCCAGGUAUGGUAAACCGGGAAGUGCUGGAACAGGUAGAACGAGGAUAUAGGAUGCCCUGCCCUCAGGGCUGUCCAGAAUCCCUCCAUGAAUUGAUGAAUCUUUGUUGGAAGAAGGACCCUGAUGAAAGACCAACAUUUGAAUAUAUUCAGUCCUUUUUGGAAGACUACUUCACUGCUACAGAGCCACAGUACCAGCCAGGAGAAAAUUUAUAAUCCAAGCAGCCUCUUUUAUAUGCACAAAUCUGCCAAAAUGUUAAGAAUUUGGGAAGAGUUCCUCACUGAUGUACAGGACUCAGAAGAAAAAAAUCAUCUUCAUUCUGCAUGUUUUUAAUGGUAAACUGGAAUUCCAGAUAUGGUUGCACAAAACCACUUUUUUUUUUUUCCAAGUGUUAAACUCUAAAGUACCAAUGCUGAAUUUUCCAACAUAUUUCAGGGUCCAAAGAAAAUAGAGAUAAGAUAUUCAUAAUAGUGUGGGUGAUAACAUGGCAACAAGGCUACUAUUUAUAAAUCAUUUCCUUUCUUUUCUUCCCCAAACUCAGAAUUGUUAAAAUUAUUUAUUGUUUUAGAUGAAACUUGAGAGGUAGAAAGUUAUACAAUAAUAAAAUCUAAAAUUGAGGAACUUCAUGGGACCAAAUAAUUCCAUUCCAGUUUUUAAACAUUUCUUGCAGUUAUUAUUCUCAAGUUUUUUCUAAGUUAAAUAGUCAAUAUGUAAUCUUAAUAUAUGCUUCCUUUUGCAUGGAAACAGGCCAGGUUUUUCAGAAGCAUAAAGAGUAUGAAUAGCAUCUAAAACUUGAUUAAAUGUUAGACUACAGCAGUGGCACUUGAAAGUAUAAUGCAUAUGUUAAUAUUCAUAUUCGUGGAACUGGAAAACAGUAAGAAAUUUUUAACUUCUGUCAUUUUCUGAACAGUUCAAUUUAGAAUAAUGAAAGUAACUAGAAAGUGAGUUAAUCUUUUAUGAGAUUGCAUUGAUUUUUUUAAAGACAGUUAUAAUUGAAAUUGUAACAUCAAAUCUAAGGGGGGAAUCUUUUCAUCUUUAAAUGGCAUGAAAAGUGAGACCGAGCAUUUAAACAGUCCUUUGUAAAAAUUAGACCUGGUACUGGGAGACAUUGCUAAUAUGGUCUUAUGGUGAUGGGUGCCACAAAUAGAAAAUACCACUAGAUCAGGGACUCGAAUGCACUUUUGCUAGUAAUGAUUAUGGACUAACAGAGAGGAAAAUGUAUUUUAGAGAAAUAUGAGAAAAGCAAAUGUGAAAGUUUUACAGGUAGAGAAUGGAAUGGAAUGUUUAAUGUUUAUGUCAUGGAGUGACAAAAUAGCUUUGCUGGCAUUCAAAGCUCUCCUCACUUAGCUAUUUUCUAAGACUUUAAGAGUAUGACUAUAAAACUAAUUUUUCUUAACAUACAUACUAAAUGAGUGUAAUAACCUCAAGUGAAGUUUAGGCUUCACACUAAUUCCAUGGAUACAGCUUUUAUGCAAAACAUUUUUAGAACUCUGGUUUUCAAAUCCAUGUUUGACUCUCAGUUCACUUUUUUAAUAUACUAAAUGGCGAUCUUUUUUCCCUAUUAGAGUAGAGUUGAUUUGAGGAGGAAAACUUACUCUGAAUAAUAACAGCGGUAAAAGGAGAGCAGUAUUUGCCCCUGUAAAGUACAGAAGUAAAACACAAAAUAAGACUGAUUUUUAUAGCUGAUUCGGAAAGAAAUUCCAAAAUAUUAAUUUGAAAAGCAGCAUUACUGGUUUAAGUGUCCAGUACAGAAAAAACUGGAUAGGAUAAGUAUUUAUGUUUUAAAAUACUCUAUAUUAUAGUCACACUUUAAGGCAUUACUUUCAGGUUCCCUUAUUUUCAGGAUAUAAUUUUCAACUGCCAUCGCUUACCUGAUUUAAUCAUUUAAUUUAAAGCUCUGUGCCAGAGUAUACAUGUUCAAAUUCAAACCAUUUUAAAAUUUGACCAAUGAACUUCAUGCAAGUUGCCAACAAUUCUGGUACUAAAAAUCGUGGUGGUUUCUUCUGUUUACACAACCUGCUUAGUAUUGAAAACCUCUACCAAAAGGGUUCUCCUAAGAAGAGUGCUGUUAUUAUUUACCCUUAAGGUCUAUGACCUGUGACAUGAAAUUUUUAAAGGGCUGUAUGUGAAUCAUGAUCUUGUAUUUUUUCUAAGAAUUUUAAAGAGGGUAACAAAAUUGUGUUUAUGUACUAAAUCUGAUCAUAAAAAUAAGCCAGGAAAAGUUGAUGGUAUUCCUUUGGUUUUAACUAAAUGGAGCAGUUCCUUGUAAUAACAGUUGUACAGUAAGGAUAAAACACUAACUUAAUAUGUAUUCAGUUUAAGUUGUUAUGUAUUUUUAAAUUACCAAGAAAAAUAAACAACUUUGUACAUUUGAAGAUUUUUUUUCCAACAGUUUUUUUUUUCUCUUCAGUGUCUUAAUGUGGAAUUUAACUCUAACCAAAAAAAGGAAGCUGGCAGAAACAGCCUUCUAGCACACUUUUUUAAAUGAAUAAUGGUAGGCUAAAACUUAAUA